AUGAGCAGAUAUCUGACGUACACCCCCUCGCGCCGCCAAGCUCCUCGACUGCCGGCCGGCCGCUUUCUCGAGCUGGAUCACCGGGAAAUACAGGCACAGACGCGGACACGAACACGGGAGGUGCUCAAGCUGGCCUUUUCGCCCAACGGCGAGUGGAUUUUGGGAUUGGCAGAGCCAAGGCCAGAAGGCACGCAGUUUGCCUAUGUUGAAAAGGCACCCAAGACCUUGUAUGCAUGGCGCGCACGCAGGGUUUUAGAUCUCGCGAACCCGGACGAUUAUGCCAUCAACCACGACGGGCACGGGAACAGGAGGCAUUUCCUGGCGUCCGACUUGGCCUUUGCCCCUCCCCGCCCAGGGUCGGCGGCCAUCUCGAUCGCGUGCCCCACGUGUCGCUCUAACGACGAGUACCGGGAGCCGAACCUGAACAUCUACCACGUCACCCCCGGCCCCCCCUUGGCGACCUUUGCGCGAGCCACCUGGGUGGCGCUGCCCAUCUCGGAGCCCAUCGCCUGGUCGGCCGACGGCAAGAUCAUCGCGGCCGCGUCGAUUAGCAACCCGUCGAGGGUCUGGCUCGUCGCCGUGACGCCGACUAAGCCGCCGCACCUGCUGCGCGUGCUACCUAACUUCAGCGGCCGCCUCACCCAUCUCGCCUUUGUGCCACGCGCCGGUGGCGGGGGGCCCGAGGUGGGCGGCGAUUACGCGCUCGCGAGCGCGUCGCUGGACGGCGUGGUGCGAAUCACCGACGUCGAGACGGGCCACACGCUGCGCAAGUUCGACAUGGCCGCCACAGGGGCGCCGCACCACCACUACCGCGAGGGCGUGGGCCUGUUCCGGGCUAGCGCCGACGGCUCCGUCGUUGCUAGCGUCUGGGGCCGCGAGGUCAUGCUGUGGUACCCGGCCACGGGUGAGGCGCGCGUGUACAGCCUCGAGGCGGCGCGGCCGACCGAAGGCUGGCCGCUCGACAUCUCGCCCGACUGCCGCUACUUGGCCUGCCGCACCGAGGUCGGCUUCGACGUCUCGGAUCUGGCGACGGGCCGGUUCAUGGGCGAGGCCCGCGUCGACGACUCGUCCUUCUUCGCCGCCGCCGCCUUCAGCUGGGACAACAAGCAGAUGGCGGUUGGGAAGAACACGGGGGAGAUGUACGUUUACGACAUGAAUGUUGUAAAUUGCGCGGUCUAG